AUGCCCACAUCAACAGCUCAACCCAGCGCCGUUGCUGGUACCAGCACUCCUUCCAUUCCCUCCUACGAUGUUGAAAAAGCAUCUAUCGAAUCAGCCCACGAUGACGGCCAAGCAACCGUUGACGCCGAGAUCGCUGCUUUAGGCCCUGCUCCUGACGGUGGCCUAACAGCUUGGUUGAACGCUCUAGGCGGCUUCUGCAUCUUCUUUUGCUGCCUCGGCUUUACCUCCUGCUUCGGCGUCCUGCAACAAUACUACUCUACUCAUCAACUGAGAGACCACAGCAUGGACCAGAUUGCGUGGAUAGGCAGUCUGACAAGUUUCAUCCAGUUUGCUGGAGGUGUUGUAGGGGGCCCGAUGUUUGAUCGCUUUGGUGUUUGGAUGAUGCGGCCUGCAACACUUACAUACGUCCUUGGCCUCAUGAUGCUGUCGUUGUGUAGCGAGUACUACCAGUUCUUCCUCGCGCAGUCUAUCCUCAUGGGCUCCAGCGUAGUCUUCCUUCAGACACCUGCCUUUGCAGUAAUGGGACAUUACUUCGACAAGCGACGCGCCGCCGCCCUCGGUAUCGUGGUAUCAGGGUCCUCCAUCGGCGGUGUCAUCUUUCCAAUCGUCCUGUCCAAACUUCUGAACGACUCGUCUCUGUCCUUUGGCUGGUGCAUCCGUAUCAUCGCUUUCAUCAUGCUUCCUUUCAUGAUGUUUGCCUGCUUCGUCAUCAAGCCGCGCAUACCACCCCGCAAGACAACAGUCUUCCUUGGCGAAGCAUGGAAGAUGAAGCGAUACGUACUGCUCGUUGCAGGACUGUUCUUCAUGAUGAUGGGCAUGUGGAUACCGGUCUUCUACCUCCCAGUCUAUGCCGUCAGCCGAGGUAUGGAGCCUUUACUCGCAUCGUACCUCCUCGCCAUGAUCAACGGGUCCUCCACGUUUGGUCGUAUUAUUCCGGGAAUACUCGCGGAUAAGCUGGGCGGAAUGAAUAUGUUCGGUUUCGCCGGCAUUGGCACCGCCAUCGUGGUGUUCUGCAUCAACGAGCCAACGACUAACGCUGGUAUCAUUGUCUACUCGGUCAUGUUCGGUUUUGUAUCGGGUACCAUCAUAUCGGCUGGCUCAGCAGCCAUUUCCAAGUGUACAAAGGACCCGAGGAAUCUUGGCACGUACAUGGGUAUGGGUAUGGGUGUUGCAGCAUUCGCCGUUCUCGUCGGCCCUCCAAUCAACGGCGCGUUCAUCGAUCAAUACGGCGGGUUCAAAGAAGUGUCGAUUUUCAGUGGCGUGAUGAGUUUGAUGGGUGGGCUUAUUGCACUGUCUGCUAAAUUCGCCACCACGGAAGGUAUCUUGGGGAAGGUUUGA